AUGCAGCACAUCAUAAACAAAUUGGUUGAAAGAACGGAAAUAAUUGGUCUCAAAAUAAACAAGGAAAAAGCCAAGUUAAUGAGAAUUAAUAAUACUAGCCCGGCCCCCAUAUACGUACAGGGUGUGCCGAUAGGGGAGGUAUCGGAGUUUGAAUAUUUAGGCAGUACAAUUACAACAGAUGGAGGAACUGCUAAGGACAUAAAACAUAGGAUCGCUAAGGCUAGGUGCGCAUUUAGCAGGCUAUGGACAACCUUGAAGUCAACUCAAAUAGCACGCGGAACCAAAAUAAGAAUAUUCAACGCAUGUGUUAAAUCAGUGCUGCUUUAUGGAAAAUAUUCUGAUGACAAAACAAGAACCAAUAGAGACACAAAUAAGAAAGAAAAAAUGGAGAUGGAUUGGCCACAUUCUAAGACGCCCAAUAACAUCGAUUGCACGUCAAGCUCUGGUAUGGGAGCCCCAAGGUCGAAGAAAUGUGGGAAGACCAAAAGAGACUUGGAAAAGAAGUGUGCACAAAGAAAUAGAACAAACAGGCAAAACAUGGACACAAAUAAAGAGAUUGACACAGAACAGAGAUAA